AUGAAGAAAACAUCGUCAUUAGUUUGGAGAUUUUUCGAUCGUUUGGAAGAGAAUAAGAGAUGUGUAGCUGUGUUGUGUAAAUUAUGUGAUAGUCAGUACAAGUACUUUGGUAAUACAACGAAUUUGAGAACACAUUUAGUGAACAAACAUCCGAUACAAUGGGAUAUGCUGCAGAAUGGAACAUUAGACGAGUCCGUUGCCAGAGUUUACGAGGAGGAUGAUAGUACGACCAAUAAACGACGGAAAUACAUAAAGGCCUACAAAGAUGAUAACGUACGUUAUUCUGUAUCCGUUGAUCUUAAUAAGAAACGAACUAGCCGCAAUCCCUCCGAUGAGAGCUCAAUGCCAGUUAUUGAAAUACAGCGGGUGGAUGUGUUAGAACAAUCUGAGACUGAAAAUGAGACGGCACACAACGAAGUUGUUGAGGAGCCAAUAAAUAUAGUUCGUCAGAUGCAUGGCAGCCGAGCAUCAGACGAGGAAUGGUUGAAUGAGGACAUGUACCAAACGGUUGAGACUUACGAACCAAAACUAAAGAAGAUGAAGUGCAGAACUAUAAAGAGAGAAAUAGCAUCACCGCCGCAUGUAUCAAGAUAUGUUUUACAUCAACCUACCAGCUAUCCUAAACAGGAACGUUUAGUCAUUGACAACACCCAACGUAAAGACGAGUACUCGGUAUUCGGGGAAUAUGUGGGAAAUAAACUGAGGAAAUUCAAAAGCAAUCAAACUCGGGGAAAUGUCCAACAAUUGAUCACGACGAUUCUAUGGCAGGCGGAGUACGGUGUUUAUGAUAGUAUGGAGACAAUAAAGAGAGUUUUACUACAUUCGGUUCAAGAUAUGGAAACGGUUCCACAGGAACAGAUCAUUGUACACAAUAUAGUAGAGGAUGAAUCAUGCAAAAAUAAUUGA